CAGAGAGGGAAGGAUAGAACAUUUUGUCCAGACUGUGAAAUUAUCACCCUGGGUUUUGCCACGUUCCUGUCUCAGCAGGAGGAACUGAAAUUCAGCAUGGGAGCAGCAAAUGAAACAGCAGUAUCCGAGUUCAUCCUAGAGGGUUUCCCAGAGCUUGGUCAAAGGCUGCAGCUGCUUCUCUCUCUGAUCCUUCUGCUCAUGUACCUGACAACAGUGACAGGGAAUGCAACCAUCAUUUUCCUCGUGUGUGUGGAUCACCACCUGCAAACGCCCAUGUUCUUUUUCAUUAGCAACCUGGCCUUCCUGGAAAUCUGCUUUACAUCCUCCACAAGCAUCAAAUUGUUUGCCAUCCUGAGUUCUGAUCAGAAAACCAUCUCCCUGAGCAGCUGCUUUGCCCAAUCCUAUUUCUAUUUUGCCCUGGGUGGCACAGAGUGUAUCCUGGUCCUUGUCAUGUCCUUUGACCGCUGUGUUGCCAUCUGCCAACCCCUGCACUACGCUGCCACCAUGCAGCCUCAGCUCUGCCUCGGCCUGGUUGUUGCUGCCUGGGUCAUCGGCUUCACCCUCCUGAGCUGCCACCCGCUCUUCCUGUCUCAGCUGUCCUUCUGUGGCUCCAACAGGAUCCCCCAUUUUCUUU